AUGGCCGGAUGGGUCUGCCGGCGAGGCUGGCCGGCGUUAGGGUUAGCGGCAUUGCUAUGUCUCGGCGCUCUGACGAGAUGCUCGGUCGCUGCAGACGAUGAUGAGGAGGAAACCAUUUCCGGGAAAACGGGAAAUUACCUGUCAGACGCGGCCAAGUGGACAUGGCCAGUGGUCAACGAGCCGGGAACGGAAGCGUCAGUCUACAAGGUUCUCUCAGCGUGGUGCGGCAACGCGUACGAGGAGAUGGUGAAGGACGCGGAGCGCAAGGCGAGGGACCACGAGCGGCUGAAGCUGGAGCGCGACCAGCGGUUCCAGGAGUGGAUGCAGUGCCGCCAGGAGAAGUUCAUCAAAGAGAAGGAGCUAGAGGCGGAGUGUGAGAAGGUGCGCAAGCUGCAGGCAUCGGAGUUUGACCGCGAGAGGCUGGUGAUGCGCGCCGAGUGCGACAUGGAGCUCACCCUGCUGCGCGCCGAGCUGGACGCCUGUGAGAUCAAGUUGAGAAACAAGGAGCGCGCGGUGUGUGAAAGGGAGGUAGUUGUCGAGCGAGCACUAUGCGACCACGCUAAGAGAGGUUUGGAGGCCAACACGACAGCCUGCCGGCACCGCACGCAGGUCACCGACCUCACCCGCCUGGCGGAGCUAGAAUCCACGGCGGAGCGGGCAGCGAAGGACCACGAGGAGUGGGCGGCGGAGAGGGCGCGCCUGCGCAAGGAGCUCAAGGCGUGCCGCCCGGCACGGGCGCACGCUGAGGCGCGGCUGAGGGAGGUGCUGGCUGACGGGACGAUCGACUCUCUUGAACACACCGUUGUGUGGCUGCAGGUGCUGCUGGGAGUGCAGGCGCUGGUGCUGCUCGUCAUGCUUUCCUUCCUCUUCUUCCUGCUGCUCCACGAGGAGAAUCCCACGGGAGGGGGCGCGUAUGGGUGGGUGGCGGUGCAGCCAGCAUCCAAGAUGCGACUGGUGCCAGCAGAGGUGGCUAAAGAGACACUCAUGAAAGCGUUUGAGGGGCGCAGGAGGACCCGCCUGCCCAUCGUCCUCACCACCGUGGCCAAUUACGAGGCUGAUUCUGGCAGCCCCACAUUGGUCUUCCUGCUGGCGCCUGUCAAUGUGGCGAGCUCCCGGCGCUUCUCCCUGUUCAACCAUUCUGGGGACUAUGUGACGCAUGCAGAGAGGGCGCAGGAGAUAGUGGCCAAGGCUCUGCCCAAAUCCCGACUGGUGGUGGUGCUGUAUGAGGGCUGCGGGGGGCUCUUCACAGAAGCCACUCUGGACUCCCUGCGACUCAAGCCAGACAAGGUGGCAUACGAGGUGAUCCCCAAGGACAUGGAUUUCCCCAAGAGCCACAACCUGGUGGUGCCGUGGGUGGAUAAGACGGAGGGGGUGAGGACGACUGACAGCGAGAGGGAGAGCGAUCUGUCGUCGGUGAUUCGCGCGCAACCGUGGGCGCAGUACCUGCUGGGGCGGAGCGGGAGGAUAGGGCAGGUUCACAGCCAGCUGCUCGCUGUUUCUGCGAGUCGCCAGCCCCUAGUCAACGGCGGCUCUCCAUCGCCCGUCCGCCACGUGUCUUCAUCGCUGCGCAUAUCCGUCAGUUGCGCUGCUGCAGCUGCUGCUGCAUCUGGUCCUGGCACUGGAGCAAACAUUGGGAGCGAGGGAGAAAACGGAACGAUGUCGGACCGCGGGAAUCGUAAGGACGUCGCAAAUCACGAUGAUGACGUCAUCAUGGCUCCUGAUGCGCGAUUGGCUCCAGAGAUCGCGUGCAUCCUCCCCCCUUCCCUUGAGGACCAACCCACCCCAGAUACCACCUCCCCCUCUCCCUCCUCCCCUCCCUACCUCCUCCUCGUCGCCCCCGGCGGUUUCAUCCCCGCGCUCUCCUACCUCCCUCUCAUCCGCGCUAUAAGAUCCGCCACUCCCCCAUCUCUGCGCGCGCGCCUGUGGGUGGCUGUGCUGAGGGAAGUCACGGUUCUGGAGCAGGAGAAAGGGAGGGCGUGGGCUCGGGAUGGGUAUGAGGCGGCGGUGAAAGCGGUUAAGGAGAUGGGCGCGGAUGUGACUAAUAAGGGCGGCACGUCGCGGGUGUUUGUGCUGGGACACAGCAUCGGAGCAUUCCUCAUGACAGCAGUGGUGCGAGAGUCCUGCCUCGCUCUCAUCAGCAUCGGCUCCUCACACAACAGCCUAGAGACCUCCUUCCUGCAAUUCCCAAGGCCCACGCUCACCAUCCUUGGUGACAGGGACGGCCAGGCUCCCCCCAUCGCCAUGGCGCUGGCAGUCAAGGAGCUGGACCCUGGAUCCUCAGGUGUUUCUUCAGGUGCCGUUUCAGGUGAUUCUUCAGGUGGUUCUUCUGUUGCUGCGCCACCUGGCAGUGCGACAGCAGCAGCGCUUGGGCCACUGCUGUCGAUAGUCCAGAAGCCGGUUGUGAUUAUAAAGGGGAUGAACCAUGCGCAAGGUGGAAACGGCGUGGUGAACAGAGAGAGGGGCGACCUGGAGGCAUCUCGACCAAUCGAGGAGGUGCGGGAGGAGAUUGGCCGGCUGGUUUCGGCGUUCAUGCUGCUGCACCUGCACUCGGACAAUGGCUGGGCGCCGUUGCUGCUGGCGGGCAGGGAGGGGGUGAAUGGAGGAGUGGGAGGGGCAGGAGGGGAGGAGGAGUGUGUGGCGGAGGCACAGGGGAAUGCGGUGAAGGUGCUGCAGGGGGCCGUGCAGUGGUCGUUGGAGUACCUGCGACCAGUGUGGACGGCCCUGGAGAUGGAGAGGCACGAGCCUCACCACGUGCUGGAAACCAUCCUCUCCCACGCAGGCCUACCGAUCACAAUCCCCUCGCACACCAUCUUCCACGCCUUCCUGCCCGACUUCAUCUGCUCCAAGCCCGCCCUCCUUGCGCCCAGGAAGGGCUCCUCUCAGGAGGGCUCCAACCAGACGUCCUCUCCUCCAACAGUGCUGCAGUCCGCAUGGGUGCAGUCGCAGGGCAAGUUCUGGCCGUGCCAGCCGCACACCCUGUGGGUCAAGUGCAAGAGCGCUGCUGCUAUCAGGGAGGCUCUAGGCUGGAAGCCUGUGGCAACAGCAGCAGCAGCCGCAGCAGACGGAGUAGCAGAAACAAAGAAACCCUCUCUUGAAGCUGCGUUUUCAGCAUGGGCAGCAGCAGCGCCAAUGGAAGUGCGCCACGUGGCGGCGUCAAUCAACGAGGCAGCGAUGCAGCGGGCACUUGAGAUGGUACACCCACAUGCGCGAGAGAGGUACGAGAGGGACGGGAAGAAGGUGGUUUUUGGGGAGGAUAAGAUAGUGCCAAUCGGUGAGUGGAUCAAAUCUGAUGUGGAGUGGUUAUCUGAGGAGGGCAAGGAGGAGGGAGAUACCGGUAAGGAUGGUGGUAAGGAGGGAGGUGGAAUUGGAGGGAGAGGGCUUGUGGUGGUGAGGUCGCCUGUUUUGAUCACUGCUGAUGAGAUUCUUCCUGAGGAGUUGAAAGGGAGGUUUGGGGGAAUGCAUUACCACCCGCGUCAGAGCCCGUGCCGCUGUGGCUGGCUGCGGAUUACCGUUGCUGGAAGCGGUUCCGCAGGAGGAAUGCGCGACGUGCCGCAGUGCAAAAUUAUCGCAGCCGACACGUCGAACCUAUGCUAUCCCGCGUGUGCGCGCUGCACGCGCUCGCUGUCGGAGUACACGGUGAGGGGCCAGCAGGUCGCCACGUGGCGUCCGUGGCCGUGCAGCGAGUGCCAGCUGGCGGACCGCUCCGCGAAGCCCCUUGAGACGAUCGAGCAUCAGACACAUCUGUUCAAGGUCAAGCUGCUGUUGGUGCUACCAGGGGAGUCCCAUCCAGUGUCUGGUGUGGCGUUUGACAAGGCGGCUCAGCCCCUCAUAGGCUGCACCGGCUCCCAGUGGACCGCCUUUGUUCGCAAAUACCCCCAUGCAGCAUGUGUGUUGUCCGAGCUGCUGUGUGGCAUGGAGUGCCGCGUGCAGAUGAGGAACGCCGAGUGUCUGAUCUUUCAAGAGGUGCACGAGAAACUUGCUCAAGAUUUGAUUGAUUUUCCUCUACGGAUCAGCUUCCUCAUUCUCGUGGCUGUAACACUCGUAGUGUCGCGUCCUCUUGUAGCGGGGGUAAAAGCACCAGCUUUUCUCUCUGCAGACUCUUCAGUAGCAGAUGCGACUCGGGAAUAUUUGCGUCCGCGCCUGUCCGUGGCGCACAGGAAGCUCGCCGCCGAGACUGGCGCCGAAACUUACGCCGAAACUUACGCCGAAAUUCCCGCUGUGCCGUCCGGCGCAACUCGCGCCGCGAAAUCCGGCCAGUCCGCCGAAGCAGCGCGAGCAGAGCACGCCACGGAGGCCUCAACAGAUAUCACAGCCGGUAAUAAUGGGAAUGCGGAGUUUCCGGGCGGCCGAUUCACGACAGGAACGCGAAAGGGAGCAUAUGCAACUGAAGCUGCUGUCGUGGACACGUGGCAGCGUAUUACUGGCUCCGCGGCAGUGGGAGGGGAUCGGCGAAUCAUGGCAGAGGGGGAGGCGCGAAAGGGAACUGUCUCACGGUGGUUUGGACUGAAGCGAGAUAGUGGUGCAACAGGAAUUGGGACAGAGGGUGAGGCGGAGGAGGAGGAGGAUGAUGAGGAAGAGGAGGAAGGAGAGGAGGAAGAAAAGGAAGGGCUUGGGAAAUCAGACAAGGGAGGGAGCGGCCUUGGGAGUAUCCGGGAAAGUGGUGGAGUGAAAGCUGGAGGUGAUAAAGUUGAAGGUGAUAAUACUGGAGGGAACAUUGUGCGAGGGGUUGGGGGUGCGAGUGGAAAAGUCAAGGCAGAGAAGCAAGAAGGAAAGGAAGCGGAGGAGGAGGAGGAGGAGGAGGAGGAGGAGGACGAGGAGGAGGGGAAAGAAGCAAAGCAAGAUGCUACAGAUGCAGCUGCAGCCAGAGGUGCUGGGAGUGCAGUGAAGGCGGAAGAGGAAGAGGAAGAGGAGGAGGAGGAAAAGGAGGAGGAGAAGGAAGAGGAGGUGAAAGAAGAGGUGAGGAGCAAAGCCGGCGCAUGGUCAGGAGCAAAUGCAUUGGGUGCAGCGAGGGAAGGAGGAAGGGCAGGAACAGGAACAGGAACAGGGGCAGGGGCAGUGGCAGGGGCAGGGAUAGUAAAAAAGGCGAGUGAAGGGUUGCAGGAGGGGGAUGGAGCAGGUGGAAAGAGUAACAGAGGAGAGGGUAAAGGUGAGGAGGGCGAAGAGGAGGAGGAGGAAGAGGAGGAGGAAGAAGGAGAGAAAACGAAGGAAGCAUCUAAGAGUGGUGGCAAUAAGGACGAUGAGGAUGAGGAGGAAGAGGAGGGAGAAGAUGGGGAAGAGGAAGAGGAAGAGAAAGCGGAUGGGAAAAAGGAGGAGAGAGUAGGGACGAGGGAGGAGGGAGUGAGAGGGGAGAGGGAGGGUGGAAGGGUGACUGGAGGGUGGGGAAAGAAGAGUGGGAGUGGGGAGGUGGGGGAUCAAGGCACGAUGAUGGAAGGGGUUGGGCGAGGGGGUCGGGAUGGUGCGGUUGGUGAGAGAAGGGAGGACGAUGGGGCAGUGACAGGUGGGAUUCCUGUGCGAGGAAAGGAGGUUGGAGAGGAGAAGGGAAUGGAGAAGAGUGAGGAAGAAGAUGAGGAGGAGGAGGAGGAAGAAGAGGAGGAAGGGGCGGAAGGGGAGGAAGAGGAGGAGGAGGAGAAGAAGAACGAAGGUUUGGGGAGAAAGGCUGGUAAGGGAAAGGUAAAAAAGGUGGUGAGUCGAAGAGGAGAAGCUGGGGAGGAGGAAGAGGAAUCUCAGGAGAGGAAGGAAGAGGAAUCGCAAGAGAGGGAGGAAGAGGAAUCAGAAGGGAACACAAAGGCAGAGCAGCGACAGUCGCGGGCAGAGCAGGCGGAUGGAGAGAUGGAGGUGAGUGAAGCUGCUGCAGCUGCUGCUGCGGAUUCUUCUGGUGGUGGUGGUGCAGGGGAGGGGAAGGUGAGGAGAGGAACGGGUGGAGGAGAGGAAGGGGCGAUGGGGGAGAGGAAGGGCGGGAAAGGCAAAGCAGGAAGUAGAGGCGAGGAUGAGGAUGAGAGUGAGGAUGAAGAAGCAGAGGAAGAGGAGGAAGAGGACGAGGAGAGUGGUGAGAGGAAGAAGAGAGGGCCCGAGGAGGAGGAGGGUCGUGGGGAGAAGAAGGGAGGGGAAGAGGAGGAAGAGACAGGAAAUGUCGAGGAGAGAGAAGAGAAGGGAGAAGGGAAGAGAGGUGAGGAGGGUGGGGGCGCUGAGAUCAGAUUAGUUGGGAAGGGAAAGAAUGAGGCAGAGGGAGGGGAGAGGGAUGGGGUUGAGGAGGGAAGUGAGGCGGAGGAGGAAAGGGGAAGAGGUAAAGGUGGCAGGGGAGAGGUUGUAGAAGAGCAAGAGGGACGAGGGAGGGAGGAGGAAAGAGGGGAGGGAAGGGGUGAGGAAAGGGGUGAGGAGAGAGAGGAGGAAUCGGAGGAGGGAAGGGAGGAGGGAAUUCAGGAGGGAAGGGAGCAGGAAAGGGAGGAGGAAAGAAGGGAGAAAGGGGACGGAGAGGUUGGUGGUCUUUAUUAUAAGACAGGUGGUGAGCGUGUUAGUGGUGGCGACGGUGGUGAUGGGGGAGGGGAGCGUGAGUGGGGAUUGGGAGGUGGUGGGGGAAUGGGAGAAAGAGGAAAAGAGGGAAUGGGAGAAACAGGUGGAGAGGGAAUGGGAGAAAGAGGAGGAGAGGGAAUGGGAGAAAGAGGAGGAGAGGGAAUGGGAGAAAGAGGAGGAGAGGGAAUGGGAGAAAGAGGAGGCGAUAGUGAUGAUACAGGAAUGGGGAGAGAUGCUGGGGACGAUGAGAGGCAGCAAGGGGAGGCUGGGGAAUCAGGGAUUGGAGAGGGAAGAGGAGAGCACGAGAGUAAUACUCCAAAUGAUUUCUCCCCCUAUGCUGCUGCACACGGUGACACUACACACGACCAGAGGGAAGGUGACCCGUCCUAUAUCCACGCACAGGGGCAGCAAGGCAGUGAGUUUGGCAGCAGCAGCGGCGGCGUCGGGAGGGAGACGGAGUUUGGCAGAGAACAGGGGCAGCAAGGCACCGACUUUAGCAGCAGCAGCAACAGCAAGAUGAGGGAUAAUGAGUUUGGGGGAUCACAUUGGGAGCAAGGGACUGAGCCUGAGCCUGGCAGUGCACAGGGGGGGGUGGCGGUGGCAAGGGCGGAGAUGGGCAGCAGCAGCGACGUGAGUGUCCCUGAUGAUCACUCCCUGGGUCUUGGGCUGGGCUUUGGGCAGGCGGCAGCAGGAGAAGAGACGGACUGGGAUGUGCCCCUGCCACAACCUGUGCUACAGACGCGCGCUCAGGCUGUAGCGGACGGGUACAGGGAGGCGGCGGGGCGAUUUGUGCCGAUGCUGCCCGUUGAACAGGUGAAGCGCGUGGAGGAAGCUGCCAGGAAGUUUGCCAAGGACGGAACUAUUAUCUUUGCUGCAGCAUCGUAUGUGUACCUGCCUCUCUUCCGCAACUGGGUCACCGCUCUCAACCGCAUUGGGCUGGCCAGCAACUUCCUGCUCUUUGCCCUUGACCAGGCCAUGUAUGUGGCAGUGGAAGACGCCUAUCCCGGCCAUGCCAUGUGGCUCGAAGUGGCAAAUCUGACCCAGCAUCCUACACCGCGCCCCACCGCUUUCCACCACCUCGGCUCCCCGGAGUUUCUGCUGCUGGCCGCCCGCCGCCCCUUCUUCGUGCAAGCACUGCUUAAGGCAGGAGUGAACGCCCUCUACAGUGACCUCGACACAGUGUGGCUCAAGAACCCUCUUCCUUCCUUCCCCCCUUCUCUCGACAUCACCUUUCAAGACGACUCCCACCUCUUCUCCCCCGGAGAACCCUCCCCCCUCCCCCUCCCUUCCUCCUCCUCCCCCUCCUCUCCUUCCAAUUCCUCUCUCGCCAUCCCUCUCCCGUGGUCGCAAAUCGCCCGAGCCUCCCCGUGCCUGGUCCUGUUCCGCCGAACCAAGCCCACCGAGGCUGUGGUGGAGGAUUGGGCUCGGAGAAUGGCAACAGUAGACUACACCUACGCCGUGCCUAGCAGUGACGUGCCCUUGCUACAAAAGGCCCUAUUUCAAAUGGCUAAGGAGGGAAAACCUCUCAAAGUGGGUAUCCUCCCUCAAGAAUCCUUCCCGCCUGGGUGGCUUGCUUUCAGCCCUCUAGGUUCCUCCUCCUCCCCUUCAGCCUCAUCCUCGUUAGAAGCCUCUCAGUUACCAGGAUUAGGAUCUGACUCGCUUGUGAAGGACCAGCUGCCGUCGUCGCUGUCGUUCGGUGGAGCGGUGGAGAGGGCGGUAGGGGGAAGGGUGUGGUUGCAGGAGCACAGGGAGGAGGUGGUGGUGGUGCAUUGCAAUGCUGCUCGCCUGCUGCCGUUUAAGAUAGAUGCGAUGAAAGGUGCUGGCGUCUGGUUCUCUGAUGCUGCCGAUCUAGCCGUUCUAGGAUUAGGGCUGUGCUGCUUAGCUAAUGGCGAGUCGUUACCUCAAGCCGGCACAAGCUCUUUCGGUAUGAGAGAGUUGCAGCAAGAUGACGGAGCCACCAAGACCUUACGAGAGGGCAAGUUCCUGGCAGAGACUCUCGCGAAUGCAGCGGGAGAGGCGACGCAGGCGACUGUUGCUGGUACCAAGGGGAACAACGGGUGGGGUGGAGGGGCGGAGAGCGGUUCAGGGGGGUGGAAGGAUGCGCUGUGGUCGCCAGCCAAGCUUUUGGACGCAUUCGUGACGAGCCUGUCCAUGAUCCUCGUCAGCGAGAUCGGAGACGAGACGUUCAUCAUCGCUGCUCUCAUGGCCAUGCGCCAUCCGCGCAGCAUUGUGCUGGCUGGAGCGCUCUCCGCCCUGGGGAUCAUGACAGUGCUAUCCACGGGUCUGGGUCUCAUAGUGCCCAAUCUUAUCUCCAGAAAGGCCACCAACAGCGCUGCCACAGUGCUGUACACCUUCUUUGGCCUGCGUCUGCUCUACAUCGCAUGGAGGGCAGACCCGAAAGAAUCUGCCGCUAAGGAGAUGGAAGAGGUGGAGGAGAAGCUGGAGAGCGAGGAGAAUGACAAGGGCAGGCACAGAGGCAUUCGGAAGUUCUUUGCUGGCUUCUGCACGCCCGUCUUCCUCGAGGCUUUCAUCCUCACCUUUCUUGCCGAAUGGGGCGAUCGCAGUCAAAUUGCAACCAUUGCUCUGGCAGCGCACAAGAACGCCUUGGGAGUGACGGUGGGAGCGACGUUGGGCCACGUGGUGUGCACCACCAUAGCAGUGGUGGGCGGCAGACUGCUCGCCCUGCGCAUCUCACAGCGCACUGUAGCUAUGCACUCUUCGUUAGCAGCAAGCGCAGCAAGCUCGGAACACGACUCAGCCGAUCAAACCGAUCCGGGGCUACUAUGGGAUUUCUCCUUCGAUUCCGACGAGGAUGACGGCCCUUUACCAGAAGCCCCUUCGCGCUGCCUGCUCCACGCCUUCUCAUGGUCGUCGCACGAAGCAGGGGGAGGAGGGAUCAACGGCAGGUGGUACGACGUUCUGGCGGAACGAGUGGGUGAUUUCAAGGCGAUGGGGUUCUCAGACCUCAUUUUCCCGCCUUGUUGCAAGGCUGCUGAUGGACCAGGUUUCUCCCCAGUGGACUUUUACGACCUCAAUAGCGCGUACGGGACCGAGGCCAGCCUGCGGAAGCUGCUGGCGCAGCUGCACGCAGCAGGGCUAGGCGCGUGCCUGCACGUGGUGGUCAACCGGAUGGGGGGAUGGGGGGAGACGAGCGGAUCGGAGCAGCAGCAGCAGCAGCAGCAACAGCAGCACCAGCAGAUGGGGGGAGGAGGUGGGGUGCCGGGGGGAGUGGGUCCCGGCGAGCCAGGGCUGUCAGAGUGGAAUCGACUUAUCAACACGGUGGACGAGCCGGCAGUGUGGCGGCAGGGCGAGCAGGUGGGCAUUGAUGUGCAAGCAGGGGGCGGGAGGAGCAGCGUGAUGGACCAUGGGAACCCUGCAGUGGAGGAGGACUGUAAGGGGUGGCUGCGCUGGCUGCGAUUCGACGUUGGCUUCGAUGCGUGGUGUUUUGACCUUGCUCGUGCCUUCGAUCCCGCAGUAGCCCACUCGUACUGCUGGGAUACGAGCCCCACAUUCGCUAUCGCUGAUGUGUGGACGGAGAUGCGCUAUCAGGGCAGCACUCUCGAGUACGACCAAGACGCCCAUCGAGCACUGCUCACUGACUGGGUGAAAGCAGCAAAGGGCACGCCUCACAUGAUCGAUUACACUACAAAGGGCAUACUGCAGGCAGCGGUGCAGAACUGCGAGUACUGGCGGCUCAUAGACCCCCAGGGCAGGCCUCCCGGUCUGAUUGGGCUGCUGCCUGCAAAGGCCGUCACGUUCGUGGACAACCAUUCCACGGGCUCCACGCAACAACACUGGCCGUUUCCAGCCUGGGGGGUCACUCUCGGGUACGUGUACAUUCUGACACACCCGGGUGUGCCGUGUGUGUUCAUCGACCAUCUCUACGAGUGGAAUCUCAAGGACCCGAUUCAGAAGCUGCUGGCGAUCCGGCAGCGCAACGGCAUCACAUCGAGGAGUGCGAUGCGCAUCAUGGCGUGCAGCACGCAACUCUAUGUGGCGCGCAUUGGCACCCACGUGGAUGAUGACAGGCUGUUCCGAGGGGUGGUUGUGAAGCUCGGACCGUCCUUCGACAUGCACGGGACUGCUCCAGAUUCCACUUGGCAGAUAGCCAUGUCAGGUCAUGACUUCUGCAUAUGGGAAAAGAACACUGAAGUGCAGUGA